AUGGCUUCAAUCCUAAGCACAACCCAUCUUACUUUCGCUUCCAAACCUCAAAAUUCUCAAUCUUUUUCGCCUAAACUCAACUCUCAGUUUCUGGGUCUUCAAACUAAUGUUAGUUGGUUAAGACCCUGUAGAAUUGGACCCUCCAAUGGGUCAAGAGCAAAGUGCUGGUUCAAGUUUGGUAAAAAUGGUGUUGAUGCUGAAGGUGCUGGCAUUUAUGGCAGCCAGUCCCGUGAUGACUUUGACAGAGAUGAUGUUGAGCAGUACUUCAACUAUAUGGGGAUGCUUGCCGUUGAAGGUACAUAUGACAAGAUGGAGGCUCUUCUGAGUCAAAACAUCCAUCCAGUGGACAUCUUAUUACUGCUGGCUGCUUCAGAAAGUGAUAAGCCAAAGAUUGAAGAGCUAUUAAGAGCUGGAGCAAGUUAUACCGUGAAGGACGCAGAUGGGCGAACUGCGCUUGAUAGAGCCAACCAAGAAAUCAAGGAUUUCAUCCUUGGUUUUUCGGUUCAAAAGGCAUGA